CCCCGCUUCAAUAUUCGCACUGAAUUAUCCCUCGGACCACCAUGGCGAAGCUCGAUGUUGACGGGAUAUCUGCCUCUGCAGUUGCAGACAUCGAAGCCAGGUACAACACUGAACGUGAUAAGCGCUUGAAAGAGCGCCCUCAAGGCGAAGCCCAAUUCAUCGACCUGACGACGUCGGAAAAGUUCAAGCAUCUCCAAGAUGACCCGUGGGUUAGCCCUGGCGAGCACACCUCUGUGCCUGUGACCAUCAACAUUUCCAACCCAAUCAAGUACCUGGUUAUCGGUGCCGGGUACAGCGGGCUCCUCUUCGCUGUGCGUCUCCUUGAUGCGGGCGCGAAACUGGAAGAGUUAGUCAUUAUUGAUUCCGCCGGAGGCUAUGGGGGAGUGUGGUACUGGAACCGCUACCCAGGUCUUAUGUGCGAUGUAGAGAGCUACAUCUAUAUGCCGUUGUUGGAGGAGACCGGAUAUAUGCCUAAACAUAAAUACUCCUACGGCCCCGAGCUACGAGGACAGGCAAACAGGAUCGCAGACCAAUGGAACCUGAGAGGCCGAACGAUAUUCAGGCAGCAGGCCAAGCAAAUGAACUGGGACGCCGGAAAAAACGAAUGGGUUGUCAAGACCCAGUUUGCAGGAGGCAAGCAAGAUCUUGAUCUUGAAUUACACGUCAAAUACGUCCUCCUAGCUGGCGGGCAGGCCACGCGCCCUAAAAUCCCUGUCGUGGAAGGCUUUGAUACUUUCAAGGGUCACAUUUUCCACACUUCGCGGUGGGACUACGGAUACACGGGUGGAUCCGACGGUGAAGUGAAGCCAGAAUUGACCAAGCUCAAGGACAAGACUGUCGGCAUCAUUGGCACUGGAGCAACGGCUGUACAGGCGAUUCCAGAGCUUGCAAAAUAUGUGAAGCAGCUCUUUGUCGUUCAACGAACACCAUCAUCCAUUGACGUGCGCAACCAACGCGAAACGGACCCCGAAGAAUGGAAGAAGAUCACGGGCAAGAAAGGCUGGUGGUGGAAUCGCAAUGUCAACUUUGCCGAGAUCCUGCAUCGGACGCAACCGCAGCCUGCCGUGAAUAUGGUCUCUGAUAGCUGGGUUAUGGGGAACCCAUCGUACUGUACAGCAUGGGGAUACGACAGUAUUGUCACUCCGGAUCAGGUUUCCGAAUAUGUUGAGAGGCUUCAUGUAGACGACAUACCACGAGCCGAACGUGUUCGCAAACGCGUUGAUGAGAUUGUCAAGGACAAGGAGACGGCGCAAAAUCUCAAGCACUGGUAUCCCACGUGGUGCAAGCGCCCAUGUUUCCAUGAUGAUUUCCUCCCUGCUUUCAAUAAACCCAACGUCACCCUCGUCGACACUAAUGGACAUGGCGUCGACCGAUUCACAGAAAAGGGCGUGGUAGUCAAUGGCGUCGAAUACGAGCUUGACCUACUGAUUCUUGGCACCGGGUAUAAGGUACUUGGAGGGUCCACCAACAUGAGUCCUGCCUUCCGCUUUGGUAUCACCAUCACCGGCAAGGACAGCCUUGAUAUGGACGCCGCAUAUCAGGAGGAAAUCAGCACGCUACAUGGUCUUUGUCGCGCUGGCUUCCCGAACUUGUUCUUCGCAGGCGCCUCACAAGCCAGUCUCACCGCCAAUCAAAUCAUGAGUAUGGAUACUUUCGCCAAGCACAUUGGGUAUGUGAUCAUGGAAGGGCAGCGCAAGGCAGGCACUGCCGGUGCCAUCAUCGAAUCGACGCAGGCGGCGCAGGAUGACUGGGGUGACCAAGUUGCUUCGGUAGCACUGGGUAUGAGCGGUAUGGGGGGCUGCACGCCCAAUUACUUGAACUUAGAAGGCGAGCUUGAUAAGUUGCUUAGUAAAGGUCCAGAGGUACAAGCGAAGAUGAUGAGGGGCCAGGUUUGGGGAAGAGGCAUCAAUCAUUACGUGGAGGUGUUAGACAAAUGGAGGAGUGACGGCGGUUUAAGAGGCUUAGAUAUCAAGGCUGCGGCUUAGUGACCGCCAGAUUCAUGCUGAAAAUCCAAUGGCGUUGGGGGGGGGGGGG